AUGGAUUUUGACAAAUAUAAUACUGGUGAUUACCAAUCGACUUUAGUUGGUUACAUUUCGGAGCAUAUCGUUCAAAUUCCCUGGCAACAUGAACAUAUAAGUUUGUCUAAUGAUCAAAACAAGUUACAUUAUUGUCUUGGCAUUAGUCCAAGUCAGUUUCAACGAUUGAUGUCAACACGACAAGAUUUUUCUAAUGCUAAUGAAAUAGCUGUUCUGUAUGCUCGUACAGCUUUGCAAUAUACACUCGAACAAAAAAUGAAACGAUUUCAUGAUAAUUCUCAAACAAUGUUUAUAGUACUUAUUGUUGAUGCUAUUCAAAAAUAUAACUUUGCAGUAUUUCACAAUAAACAUAUCAAAACUGGUGUUGCUCUUAAGUACGCAUUGGAUGAAGGUACUCGUCUCUUCAAGAUCUUCUCCGAAGCACGUUCACAACUUCCAUUGAAACUUGCUCAACGUGUGAUUCUCUUACGUUGGCACGAUAUUCAUGAUGCUGAAUAUGACAAAUGUGUCAUGGCCAUACGAGCACAUCUUUUUGUCAGUGAAAAAUUUCAUACACUGAUCAAUGCAGUAGUACAACACUAUUUUGAUGUACGUAAACCACAGGGUAAUCUAUCAGAAACAAAACAUGAACUACUUCGAGAAUAUGUUUUAUAUGAGUUACCAUCCUUAAUUCGUGGAAUCAAUUACAACACCUAUCAUUGUUCUGUUAUCAUUCAUCCAACAUUGACUUCUAGCAUACGAAAAAAUGAUCAUCAACGCAAUCUAAUGAUUCAUUUGUUGGAAUAUGUUCGCAACUCGCCAAUAUUGCUUGCUGAAAUGGGUAUAAAUCAAUCAUCAAAUCUAUGCAAUAUUUAUGAUAUCGAUAUGCCAAUUGAUGUACCAUUGACUUUAUUAUCUACUAUUUCAAACAGUAAGUAUUUUUUUGAACUACGUGAAAAUAGUGUUGGAAAAGAAUCGUUUUAA